AUGGAAAAGCUUGGUGCGCAAGAGGCACAUCAUACAGCUGUUCCCACUGAAAGGGGCCUAGAUGUUCAGCAAUGUUUUGAGAAGCAACUGUCAUUAGGUCGGCCGCUUCAACUGAGUGAACAAGGUCAGAUUCUUGAGGCGGCUAUUGAAGCAGCUGCAAAUGCAGUAAUCAAGAUCGUGGAUAGUUUGAAUGAGUGGGACAGUAGAACAGGUGAUGGUGACUGUGGGUCAACAAUGUAUAAAGGUGCACCUGCGAUAUUAGAGGACUUGGAAACUUAUCCUCUGAAUGAUACUGCUGAAACGGUGAAUGAAAUCGGAUCAUCUAUUGGAAGAGUUAUGGGAGGAAAAAGCAGGAUCAUAUAUAGUAUAUUUUGUAAGGCAUUUUACGCACAAUUAAAAACAAGCACCCGGUCAGAUGUCACAGCAAAGAAAUGUGAGAUGAUUGAAUACUGCAAUAGGGAUGAAGCACUCGAAGCUGCUAUUGCCACAGUUAGUAAAUAUGGGGGAGCCAGUGCUGGCUAUCGCACAUUGUUAGAUGCCUUAAUUCCAGCUUCAACAGUUCUCCAGGAGAAGUUAAAUGCUGGGGAAGACUCUGUUACUACUUUUCUCCUUUCAUCUGAAGCAGCUUUGGCUGGGGCUGAGUCAACCAUACACAUGCAGGCACAGGCCGGCCGGUCAACCUAUGUGCCCGUGGAGAUACUUGCAUCGGUUCCAGAUCCAGGAGCAAUGGAUGCAGUAUCAUGGUAUAGAGCAGCAGCUUUAGCUGUUAGGGACAAGUGCCAGCCUUCGUGAUUAUGUAUAUGCCCUGCCCCUUAUGCGUCAAUGAUCAAUUCGUGCUCCUUUUUUUGGCUGCAGAUCAACCAACAAAAUCCUUUUCUUUUUCUUCUUUUCUUUUUGCUCUUUGUCAUUUAUAAUUUACGGUCUUAACAAUUUUAAGCUUUCUUCUUUUCUUCUUUGCUCUUUGCUCUUUGUCAUUUAUGUCUUCAUGUGGUUUAAUGAUUAUUUGUAUUGAUUUCUUUUAUUUAUUUCAAUAUG